AUGGAGACACCAGAGUCAGCAUCUAUCCUACAGCAUCAGUCCGGAUCUGACGCGCCAACUUCACCGCAGCCCAAGAGACAGCGCAUCUCGCAAGCCUGUACGCCGUGUCGAGAUCGUAAAACGCGAUGUGAUGGGAGGCAGCCCGUUUGUGUAGCAUGUGAGAAUCGUGGUGUGGCCAGCAUCUGUACAUUCGAUUAUGCUCGUCGGCAGCGCGCAAAGCCAUCUCAAGCUCCACGACGACCAACAGAGGUUCCGAACCGACUAGCCGAUCCGACAUCUGCUCAAGCAACAUCGGAAGUGCCUGCGAACAGGCCUCAGUUACUCCCUACUGGCCCUACAGCAGCAGCACUGUACCCGAAACCUCCUCAGAGAUCAGGAAUAGAUCCCGGACUCAGUCCCAGCGUACCUGCUCAUGGCUUGGUACACGCCAGAGCAGAUGGUCUGGCUACCAUCGCAGCUGGUCAUGAUGAAUCUCUGUAUGGACCAUCCUCGACCGUUGCUUUUCUGCGGCAUGUCAUGCCGAAUCAAAGUCGACACGGCUCGGUAACACCAGUACAUCACGUCUCCCAUGGUUCCAGAGAGUUACCAGAUGCGAGGAAUGGGUCAGCUGUGCCGGACCGUCUACCUGCGAAGGCUGAUGGUGUUGCUGUGCUUCCACGCCGGCGGCAGGCUGACCACUUCUUGUUAUGCUUCUGGGAGUUCAUCCAUCCAUUGUUCCCGGUAUUGCAUAAGCCCAGCUUCAUGCUGAAAUAUGAGAGACUCUGGGUAGAGGACGAUCAAAUACAGGCUGCUCAUGAGUCGGAAGCCGAAGAAGCCAUCUUCACGUCUACACUAAACUUGGUCUUUGCCCUGGGUAGCAAGUUCAGCACCCAGGUAGAUCCGUCGCAGAAAGUCUCGGUGGCAGACGAUUUCUACCAGAGAUCUCGGCAAUCAUAUCCUUUCGAUAUCCUCGACUCCACCUCUAUCAAUUUAGUGCAGAUUCUGGUUCUCACCGCGGUUUACUUGCAGAGUACAGAGCACGCAAGCCGUUGCUGGAACAGCCUGGGACUAGCAAUACGGAUGGGUCAAAGUCUGGGAUUACACGUGGACCAUGGUAGUCGCAAAGCCAUCACACAGCUGGAGCUAGAGAUGCGUCGAAGGAUAUGGCAUACUUGCAUGAACCUUGACCGUUUGCUAGCCAUGACUUUCGGGCGGCCUUCCAUGAUCGACAGAUUCACUGACGUUCCAGCCCCUGCUUUGGUCGAUGACGAGUAUCUUAGCGACCGCGACAUCGGGGUCCAACCUUCGUCUGUCCCAUCACGGCUCGGACUCUUCGUUUCGUCUUGCCAAUUGUUUGACCUUCUUGAGGAGAUCUUGGAGCUCUUCUACAGAGAUAGCUCUGGCACCAGCUCACAGAAGCACCCCAAUGGGAUGACACAAGCCUCGGAGCUGCUAGCACCUGUCCUGGACCUGAAUCGGAGGUUGGACAAGUUCGUUGAGAAUGUGCCGGAGUAUUUGCAAGUACCGACAAGUGGCAGUGGCACCGAGGAUCAUAUCCACCUGCAGCAACAGGUACUUUAUUGCCGCUUUCUCUAUGUGAGACUGCUGUCAUUACGACCAGUGUUACUCAUGUCGACGAGGAGGAAUGCAAAGGCCUUCACGACUCCCAUGUCACUGGAUGACGACUUGAUCCGAAGCUGCUGCACGCUUUGUACCUUUACAGCAUGUCGUCUGAUCGACACUCUAUACGAGAAUCUGGGGACUCUAUAUCGAAGCUCUGGCUGGCAUACCGUGUACUUCACAUUCUCUGCAGCUAUAGUGCUGCUGGCCUCAUCCAAGGUGGAAGAGCUUGGCCCUCAUGUCAACAGGCCCACCAUCGAAGCGGCGUGGGCGCGGUGUUGGCAGGUUUUGCAACACUACGAGGGACAAAUACAUUCGGCAGCGCAUGCUCGAAACAUUCUGCAGACCAUGAAGGCGCGGAUGACUGACUCGUUCCGCCGUGGAGGAGACAGUCAGCGUACAGUGGCACAUGACAACUAUGCUGUCAGACAGGACACAAACGGUACUGCGACAGCUUACAACAACGAGAUUUACCCACAGAUCAGCUUGGACGAUAUUGACCUGACAUUCAGUGCGGAUAAUAUGUCGGAAGCAUGGUUUGGUCAACAGCUGAUCAGUCUUGAUUGGCUAGAGAUGUCUCAAAUGUAG